AUGGCCGGAGCGCCGUCCUCCGGCGAAGGGGGGUGGACUUACAAGGAUAAAGAGCCUCCCCCAGGCUACGACGGGACGAGCCCUCAGAGCAAGUUCAAGGCUUAUCUUCGUGACUUAGAACUCUGGCAAGCAUGCACAGAUGUGCCAGAGGACAAACAGGGACUCAAGUUAGUCCAAGUCUUGUCCGGGGCAGCCAAAGCUGCCGUUGACACGCUGACCGUGAAGGAGAUCAAAGGUGCCGACGGCUUUGCCAACGUUCUUAAGAAGCUGAAGGAAGCGUUCGAGCCGUAUGUGGAGACGGCCCUCCCGAGGGCAAUGGAGAAUGCUUUCUACGGUGCACCAAGAGGACACAAGGAGAGCAUCAGCGAGUUCCUCAUCCGCUUCCAGAGGGCCCAGGCGGUGCUCAAGGAUGAGGGCAUCACCUUGCCGGUCAAGGCGACCGGCUACCUUCUCUUCAGGCAGGCCAACCUAGAUGGAGAAUUGGAGGCCCGGCUGGUCACUUGGCUUGGUGGCGACUACUCCCUGGACACCGUGAUCACCAACCUCAGGAGGCUAGAGAGAGUCCACGCCGACGGUGGCAAGAGGACCUUCCUGGUCGAAGAAGAGGAGCCCGGGGAGAUGAGCUACGACCCUGUCGGCCCGGAGGUUUUCCUUGGCGAGCCGGCGGAAGAGGACGAGAGCGAAGAGGAAUCAGGUAAGGAGCAGAAGCUGGGAAGGCAGUUUUUCAAGCCAGGCGACCGCGGACCCGGGAAGGGGAAAGGAGUCGGUGGUGGCAAGGACCGCCCCCGCAGCUUCGGCCGUGCCAAAGGUGGGGCAUUGGAGCCGGGAGUGCAAAGCCCCGCCAAGCAUGGCUUCUUCGACUUCCCGACCUCCGUCUUCGGUGGCUACCGGCUCGGCGGCUACUGGGUCUCAGCGGUCGAGCUUUUAUUGGACGGCCUCGUUGACACCGCUGCCCAAGAAGGCCUCAUAGGAAGCGCUCGUACUGUUGGUGUUUGUGAGCUGCCGGUGGGUGUUGCAGGGGCCCUGGGUGCCAUUGUGAACAUGCCCGAGUCUAAGCUGCAGCUCACGGCGGUAAACUCGGAGGCUGGAGUUUGCCCUCAGGCUGUGAAGGAAUUCGGCAAGAGCAAGACUUUAGCCGAGAAGCAGCCGGUGCGGAAGCCUCGCCGCCGCGUUCCCGACCGCGCCAGGGAGGCCUUAAGAAACUGGCGGGUCAUGUUGGACAAGCUCUACUCGGUUGUGCUUUGGGGGCGGUUGCGUACGGCGGUGUCCGACUGGAUGGGCCCAGCACCUUUGCCACAAACUUCGAGCCGAACCUGGGCGACUUCCUCAGGGGAGGUGGCGCUGGCACCGACCAACAAGGGCAAGUUCUACCGCGACUACCUCGAUGGCAACCCCAAGAAGCUGGCCAAGAUCAAGGGCAUCCCGGCGGUGGAGGCAGAUGUGUGCCAACACGAGGCCAGGGACCGGUGCGACUUCACCGCGCUCGGGGAAUUGUACUCCUCCGAGAUCUUCCUGGUGGUGAACGAGCCCGAGCUCUACCUGCACGGCACGCUGGACGACGGGCUAGAGGUGAACUUGUCCGAGUACCACACGGAUUUUUGCCAAUGGCUGGCCGAGCUAGAGAAGGAGCCGGGCGAGAAGCCAGAACCACUAUGUUUCCUGGGGGUCGACCAGCCGGAGAGCGAGGGCUGGGAGCAAUGGCUAUGCGCCUUUGUGAUUGAGGUGCCCGACCAGCCAGUUCGGCGAGACGCGUGGAAGAGGCUGAGGCGCUUGGUGUCCAACGUGGCAGACCAGGUGAGGUACCAGGCGGCGGACGCUGAUGACCUUAUGGUGUUUUGCCGGGCGCCGGUGGAACAGAACCCGGAGCCGAACUUCGAAAACACCGUGGCCGAGACCUACACCAUUGACCUCGACAACCUGGAGGAGAUAGAAAGAGGAGAAGAUGAAGCCGCGGUUCCUGAGGACCCAGCCGGUGAGGAGGCCGUUUCUUCGCCGCCGGUCCGAGAGCCGACGAAGCAAGAGAAGGAAGCAGUGGAGAAGCUCCACCGCAACUUGGGUCACCCCAGCAACUCUUCCCUGGCCCGAACGCUAAAGGUCAGUGGGGCGGAAGAGCACAUUUGGCGCUAUGCGAAAACGGGGUUCCGUUGUCCGGCCUGCAGCUCUGGUGUGCUACCAAAGCCGGCCCGACCGGCCACUAUUCCCAAAAGCUUUGCGCCAAACGUGGUGAUCGCGAUUGACCUCUUUGAGUUCCCGGCCUGGAACGGCGAAGGCACCGACCGCUACCUCAACGCCAUCUGUCUUGGAACGAAUUUUCAGCUUGUGGAAAAGGUUCGCAGCAAGCAGCCUGGAGCCAUUUGGGCAGCCCUGGCUCGCGGAUGGGCGCGCAUUCUCGGGUUCCCUCAAAUCAUCUUGCUUGACCAGGGGACCGAGUUCUUAGGCGAAUUUCGCCAGAACGCCCACGACAUGGGGGUGUUGGUACAUUGCAUAGGAGCGAGGGCCCCGUAUCAAAACGGGCGUUGCGAAAGACACGGGGCGCUGUUUAAGACAAUGUUGCAGAAAGCUCUGCGGUCCUGUCCUCCCACGUCUUCCGAAGACUUCAAGCUGCUGCUCCGGGAGGUAGAGAGUGCUAAAAAUCGCCUCUCGGAUCGCUCUGGAUUUUCACCAUCGCAGCGCAUGCUAGGCGAAACUCCCAGGACCACUGGCGAGCUGCUCGCCGAUGAGAUGGUCGAUGUGGUUCUCAAGGGUGUUUCCGGAGAAAUGGAAAAGCGGCUGCAGGCCAAGCGGGCUGCACAAAAGGCGUUUGCAGAGGUGAACACGUCGCAAGCAGUUCGCAAGGCUAUGCGGGCAAGAGCGAGGACACAGCGCACCUUUCGCCCGGGCGACAUUAUUUUCGUCUGGCGGUCUUGGAAGGCCCAGGGCAUCAAGAAGCAGGCCUGGGUUGGACCAGGUGUGGUGGUGCUCCCCGACGGCCCGAAUGCCUAUGUGAAUGUCAAAGGCAGGCUUUGGCGCGUGGCGAACGAGCACCUCCGAGAAGGCACCUCAGAGGAGAUGCGCGGCAUCGAGGCGGUGCACCAGGUCUUCGACGAGCUGAGGGAGCGUUUCAGAAGGCCCGGCCGUGAGCUUGGCGUGGUGGAGGACCUCACUCAGGAGCCCAGGCCUCCGCCGGGGCAACAGGAGAACUACGAGGACCCAGUUCGAGCUGAAGGAGAAGCCCGGGGACUACCGCGUCAUCGGGUGGAGGAUCCGGAGCCGCCGGUGCCGGUGCCGGAAGUGGCCGUUCCCAUGAAAAAGGUGCAAGAAGCGAUGCAGGAGCCGCCGGUCCCCGAACCGCCGCUUCCCGAAGUUCCGCUGCCGGCCGAAGAUUUGCCCAGGCAUUCUUCGCAAGUCACCGCGGAGGAGCCAGAAGUGGAGAGAAUUUCUAGCCAGCCCGAACAGGACCUGGAGUCUAGAGUCAAUGCCGGGCAGGAGGCCAUCCAGCUGAGCCGGCAAAUGGACGGCAUACCGUAUGGAGCCGUGAGGCCCUCGGCUUCUUCACGGCCGGCACCCUCAGCACCUUACUUGGCCGAGCUCGUUUCCGACGAUUGGUUCGGGAGACCUCGUUUCCUGAACAACCUGCGCGCGACCAAGUGCAAGCCCCUCACCGAGACCAUUGGCAGUUUCUGGUGGAGGAACACCGUUCGAGUCUGCAAGACGGGCGCUGCCGACAACAACCACGACGACUGGAAAGAGCUGAAGCCGAGCAAGCGCAGCCACGGGAAAUGGAAAGGACACACCGACUUCUACUUGACCAGAGAAGCUCUCAAGGAGGUCGCGCGAAAUCCCAAUAAGUACCAGCAGCAGCAGCAGCAGGUCCAGGCCGAGUACGUGUUCCACGCAGAGACGGCCACCUUUGCCGUGAAGAAGGGCUCGGAUGAGAUUGCCGAGAAGGACAUAGCCCCAGCAGAUUGGCCAGAGUGGCGUGUGGAAGACGCCAAGGAGUGGGCCAAGAUAGAGGCCUCUGGGGCGGUGUGCGUUUUGUCGGUAGAGGAAAGCCGGCGUGUGGUACAGAACCUGACCUUGGAGGGCAAGCUGAACACCGCAUUAUCGACAGCAGGUUCUUGCGGGGACUUGCAAGCCGCGUUCAUGCAAUCAGCUCCCCUGUUUCGUGCUGGUGGCAAGCUGUACGUUCGGCAACCUCGCAGCGGACUGCCAGGGUUAGAGACCGAGCAGCUCGUGGAGAUCGUGUGCGGCGUCUACGGUUUGGUGGACGGCCCAGUUCACUGGAGGCAGACGCUGAAAAAGUACAUUAUCGAAGAGUUGCAUUAUAGGCAAAGCAAGCUGGACCCCACGGUGUUCCUUUUGAACUAUGAGGGCCAGCUUGAGGGUGUCAUUGUGAUUGAGAUCGAUGACGUGCUUGCCUUUGGCUACGGGAUCCACGACGCAGCGCUGACAAGGCUGCGGCAAAAGUUCAAGUUCGGCAAGUUCAAGAAGCUGCAAGAGUUGACCGAUGGCACUACGUUCAAUGGCCGGCGCAUUCGGCAGACCUCGGACUUUCAGCUCCUUGUGGAUAUGGAGAAAUAUGUCCAAGAGCGGCUCUUCCCGAUGAAGUUGGAGAAGGGUCGCCGAAGCAACCCGGAUGCCGAAGCCACGGCCGAGGAAAGGCAAAAGGCCCGUGCCGUCAUUGGGGCGCUGGCCUGGGCAGCGAAGGAGGCAAGGCCGGACGCGGCAGCAGCGGCGUCGAUCAUGGCGAGCCGCCUUCCUUCGGCCAAGGUUCGCGACUUGGCAGAGCUGAACAAGGCCGUAGAAGCGGUCAAGGCGAACAGCCAGCUUGAGCUGAAGUAUUUCCCCAUACCGCCGGAAAGCCUGGGAUGGGGAACAGUCACAGACGCUUCCUGGGCCAACCAUGCAGAUGGCAGCUCACAAGGUGCCACGGCGGUGAUCGCUUUCGACAAGAAGCUGUUGUCCGGCGAGAGAGCACAGUGCAGUUUGAUCUGGUGGAAGUCUGGAAAGCUACGCCGCAAGGUGGGUUCCACUCUAGCAGCCGAGGCUCAAGCUUUGAACAAAGGCCUUGGUGACCUACUCUGGGCUAAAGCUAUAUACGCAGAGUUGCUGGAGCCCAUGUUCGACCUCGAGACCUUCCGGAGGGAUGUGAAAUCCCGCGCCGACGUGGUUCUGCAGAAAUCCAAUGGCGAUGAAGUACUUCGAGAUUCCCUUUCGGUCAUAGACGCCAAAAGCCUAUACGACAACCUUAUGCGAGAAGGGAACCAGCCGCAGGACAAGUUCACGGCGCUGGACGUAGCCAUCGCCCGGGAGAAAAUCGACGGGCUCGGCGUACAACUGCGCUGGGUGGAGCACCAGAGCAUGAUCGUCGAUAGCCUCACCAAGGUGAAUGCCAACAAGGAUGCGCUUUUCCAGUUGCUCUCUUCAGGCACUUUUCGUUUGGAAGCUGAAGAAGACUUUUUAGAAGACCGACUGACGCGUCGGCAGGAAGGGCGGGUGAAACCCCGCUGA